UUUCAGUCCUUGAAAAUAAUUAAUUAUGUCGCAGCCACAUAGAAGAGCUGUCUUAAACUUGUAUAAAACGUUAUUGUAUAUGGGCCGGGAUUGGCCUCAAGGGUAUGAUUUCUUUAGGAAACGACUGCAUAAGGUAUUUACAAAAAAUAGUGGAGAGACAAAUCCUGAGAAAAUAAGAAUUAUGAUAAAACAUGGUGAAUUUGUUGCAAAGGAAAUAGAAGUGCUUUACAUGUUAAAAAAAUAUAGAACAAUGAAAAGAAGAUAUUAUGAUGGUUCGUAAAAUGAGUAAGUAUUUGUUUUAAUUCAUUGUUAAAAUAAAAUGCUUGCUGCAUUUUAUAAAUAAGACCAAUAUUGAGUACCUAAAAUAUUAUAAAAUUUUAAUUAAUUGUGUAAACCUACUUAUUCUGAAAGAUAAAGGCUUAGAGACUGUCUAGAUUAUUAGUAAAAUUAUAAGUACUUCUUCCUAUUGUGAAUAUAUAAAAUGCUUUCUUUGCUAUAUUGCUUUGUAGAUAUUUUCAUAGUUAUAAAUUGAAGUAAUUCUAUUGGAAGAAUAUUAGUAUCAAACAAGAACUUCAUAAUAUAAAUGUAUAAUAUAUUUUCAACAUAUUUUUAAAUGUUGCAAUGAAACUGCACAAUCUAUGUAAUUAUGUAUUAUAGACAUUCUUCAUAGUUUACAUAAUUCAUUACAAUAUACUCUAAGAAAAAAAUGUAAUGUGAAAAUAAAAAAAAUCUAUAUUAUCUAAAAUAAAUAAAAAAAUAAUAUUAAUCAUACAAUGGUUUUUAUUCAAAUGGCAAGUGAUAUGACAAUUAUUAUAUUUUAACAAUCAGGAAUAUAUACAUGAUUAGAUCUACAAUAACAACAUUUUAAACAUAAAAAAUAAAUAUUCUAUACUUUUUAGUCAUGUGCAAGAAGUAGUAAUGGAGAUACAGAUACACCCUGCAAUUAUUUAGUGUAGAUUCCACUAAAAUAAAAUAUUGAUUACAUUAUAUAAUACUAGAUUCAGCAAAAUUUUAUUUUAUUUAAGUUUAUAACAAACAGUAACCAGUACAACAGCUUAACACAUUCAUUUUACAUUUGUUCAUUGUGAGACUGCUAAUCCUGGCACAUCUGUUAGAAAUGUCAAAAACAACUCAAACAUGAAUUAGGAUUCAACACACAUUUAAAUACACAAUACUCUCAUUUACUACUUUUAUAUCAUCUACACCUAGCAUUCCAUAUUUAAGUUUGAGCUGUGUUUGAAGACUAAGGCUGGGUCUACACUAUGAGGUCAAUCUCGGUCUGGUAAAAUAUAAUCAUAUUAGACAAUCUGACUUAGUUCACAAGUCUAAAACCAUAUACUUUUUAAAUGUACAUUAAUUACAUUUGAUGCAAUACUCUCUUCAAUGGGUAAUAGCUGACUGAACCGGGAAUAACAGAGUUCAUUAUUCAUUAUAUCAAUAUAAAGAUUGAUUAAACUCCAACGAAAUUCCAUCAAGAUUGAUCGCAUUUGGAGUUGGAUUUAAUUCUUGACUGACUUGGAUAGGAUGAAUAUACACAAUGUUUUUCAUUUAAUAAUAUUUUA